AUGAUUCAUUAUAUUUAUUCCUCUGCACCGACAUUCGAGGAUUUAUCACAAGAAGAACAAUUAUGUAUAGCAGAAUCUCUUGUGCCAGGAGAAACCUAUGAUGUUAUAAUUAAUCCACCAAUUUAUUCAGAAAACCCACAUCAUUCGGGAGGUGGAACAAGUUUUAUUAUACAGCGAGGUAGUACUAUCACAGUCGAAGUAACUGAACCCGAGGUUGAAUCAUUGCCUACUUAUGAUGAUUCAAAUUAUGAUUUAAAUCCUCCUCCGAAUUACGAAUCUAAUCCUUGA